AUGAAAGCGAUCAGUCGAAAAUCGCCUGAUCCAAAAAGUGGCACCAUGAGCGAUGAUGUCAGCAGCGGACGACCCGCCCUUCACCCAUCGCCCUCUCGUCAGCCGGGAACUCCUCCUCCUCGUUCGCCUCCAUUGCGCUUGGCGACAGCUGCCCCCACGGGAACACUACUAGCAGCAUACAACAGCGUCAAGGGAAACGGACUAAUGCGACCACCGGCUACACAACCUGUCUAUUCAAUCCAUCAAAAGAGCACCUCCUGCUCUGGUCCUCCUGCCGUAUUCGCUGAUUGUCCACAGGGAUGCCAAUGUGACACAGACACGGUUACGGUAACUUGUUCGGGCCUGCACCUGCUAACCCUUCCAGACACGAUUCCGUCCGGUUUCGAAGUGCUCGUCAUUCGCAACACUUCAAUUCGUUCGAUACCAAAGCAAGCUUUUCGUCGAAUGGACCGAUUACGGGAGAUUUAUGUGGAGAAUUGCGAUCAUUUGACGUUUCUUGAGAAGUUCGCUUUCAAAGGGAUGAAGAAAUUA